AUGUCAAGUGAAGAAAGCACACAAAGCGUUAAUAAUAGACGAUUAUCAGAAGAUCAAGUCGCUAAUACAUCACUUAUUGGUGAUUCACAGAAUUUUCUAAAUCAAAUUAUCAAGGAAUUAUGCGAUUUGUAUAGUAAAGAAAUUAUGAAAGGAAACGAUGACGAUUCAAUCCUUCAUUCGAUAACCAAUUAUUUGGCAAACAAGCAGCAAAUCCCAGAAGAAAUAAUCAACUUAUUAAGUAAUCAAGAAAAUCCAAUUAUUCAAUCCAAUCCUAUAAUUCAAAAUAUUCUUGCAUAUA